AGCUGACGGCAUCUAGGGUUUUGUUUGGAGCACUUUUGGUCUGCCUCCGCCCUCUCUCUUUCUCUGUGAACUGAUACCUGCCGAUGGCGCCGCCGAAGCGGGUAACCCGUAACCCUGAACUCAUUCCUGGAGUUCGUAAAAUUUCACGAACUCAAAUGUAUCACAAGCGGGGACUCUGGGCAAUCAAGGCAAAAAAUGGUGGGAAAUUCCCCCACCAUGAGAAGGCUUCCGCUCCCUCUCCCGUGCAGGAGAAACCUCCCAAGUUUUAUCCUGCGGAUGAUAUCAAGAAGCCCCUCUCCAAUACGCGCAAGCCUAAGCCCACCAAGCUCAGGGCAAGUAUUACCCCAGGGACCGUGUUGAUUAUAUUGACGGGGAGGUUCAAGGGGAAGAGAGUUGUUUUCUUAAAGCAGCUUUCUUCUGGAUUGCUCCUGGUUACUGGCCCUUACAAGGUGAAUGGUGUCCCCCUGAGGAGAGUGAACCAGGCCUAUGCCAUUGGAACAUCCACAAAGGUAGACAUCUCUGGUGUUAAUCUGGAUAAGUUUGAUGACAAGUACUUCGCCAAAAAUGUUGAGAAGAAGAAGAAGAAGGGGGAAAACGAAUUUUUUGAAGCAGAGAAACAGGAAAAGAAGGAACUCCCUGCGGGGAAGAAAGAGGACCAGAGAGCGGUUGAUGGGCCGCUGCUGAAGGCUAUUGAGGGCGUACCAGAAUUGAAGGGCUAUUUGGGGGCUCGAUUUUCACUCAAAGCUGGCAUGAAACCACAUGAGUUGGUGUUUUAGAAGCCGCAUAUCUUGUGUUUGUUUCGUUAAUUUUGUUUCCUUUGCUUUGUUUCCUUUGAAACAAAACUACAUGGUUUGAGGUGGCAUUUUGGGCUGGGAACACAGUGAUUAUAUGUUUUUAUUAUAUUUUAUUACUUA